AUGGAGGAGGAGGCGGCGGUGGCGGCCGCCGCUGCUGCUGCUGCUGCCGCCUCCGGAGGACGGGGAGCGGGAGGCGAGCCCGGGGGCUGCUGCGGGUGCAAAGGGGUCCGCGGCUGCCUGCUCUGCGAGGCCGCUCCGCCCCCGCAGAUAAGUGCAAAUUUUGUGUACUGUCCACUGACUGGCUUUGCUGUGGGAGAAAAGCAAUCAGAAUUUGCAGGCUGGGCCUUUCCGUUUCCAGGAGUCUUUUUACUGGAAGGGUUUAUAAGUGCAGAUGAAGAAUGCAAGAUGGUUGAGCUGAUGGACUGCAGUGCUUGGAAGCCAUCACAGUCUGGCCGAAGAAAACAGGACUAUGGCCCCAAAGUGAAUUUCAAGAAGCGCAAGUUGAAAGCAGGCGGUUUUGCUGGCUUGCCCAGCUUCAGCCAGGAGAUUGUGACUCGAAUGAGAAGCCAUUCUGUGCUCAAGGACUUCUCUCCAGUCGAGCAGUGCAACUUGGACUAUGGCCCCGAGAGAGGGGCUGCUAUUGACCCCCAUUGGGAUGACUGGUGGCUUUGGGGGGAACGCCUGGUUAGCUUAAACUUGCUUUCAGCAACUGUGCUCUCCAUGUCUUGCGACUCAGAGGAUCAUAUCCAGUUAUUUCCAGCCUUCCUUCAAGACAGCAAGCAGGUACACAGCUCUUUGACCCAUGCUGUUUCUCAGGAGCAUUGGCCUAAAGAAUCUACUUCUUCAGGAGGACUCAGAAGCACCACAAAGUGGGGAACUGACCCUUCUCCCCCCACAAGGUCAGUUUCGUCUAAAGAGGUUGUCGUCGCCAUUCACUUACCUCAGAGGUCCCUAGUGGUUCUGUAUGGACCGGCUCGCUAUAGAUGGAAACAUGCCAUUUAUCGCCAUCAUAUUAAAAGCCGCCGUAUCUGCAUCACCUUCAGAGAAUUGUCUGCAGAGUUCAGUCUUGGAGGAGAACAGGAAGAAUUGGGUCAAAAGCUCCUAAAAACAGCUCUGACAUACCAGGGAAUACCUGUUUAGGCAUCCAUGUGGAGGAACUGAAACUCUUUAACUUGUUUGGAUCCCCGGAAAUUAAACUUCAAGGCCUUUCAUAAA